ACUUAAACCCACUUCAUUUGAGAAAUCACAACCAAAAUAGAACAAACCCACCUUCUAUCGUCUUCUUCAAACUCGCCGUCUCCAGAUCUAGCCUUAGAUCAUGGCUGGCAGCAAGAAAACCAGCACUACAUCUGGUGCAGCCGGAGCUUCUUCCCCUCAAACUGAUCCUCCAGAACAGACAGACCCCGUACCGAGAGGCUUUUCAGACCAAAUUUGUCUUGAAACUUCAGAUUCUUUAAUUCUGGGUCCUGUUUUCACAUCAACACCUCCUUCAAAUUUGCAUGCUCUGUAUCCUCAACCUCACAGACAUUUCCUCCCUUUCCAACUCAAACCAGAUUGGGAGCCUUGGCUCGGCAGAUUUGGGUCUUGGCCAACUAACAAGUUUGAUGACUGGCCUGCCUGGGUUGCUUGGCUGGAGAAACCCUUUGGAAACACAUGGAAAACACUGGGUUUGUACGAAUUUAUUCAGAUGACCACCUACCAGACGUCCAUGGAUAGGGUUUUGCUUGGAACCGCCUUACUGUUUUGGUCUGGGUCUUAUAAUUGUUUUCAUUUCCCUUGCGGUGCUAUGUAUGUUACUUUGUUUGACAUUUGUUCUCUUACUGGUCUGCCUUGCGUUGGAGAAGAAAUCCCAGCCUUAUUGAGCGUCCCGAGUGCUGAUUUUGACACAAAAUCCAUUCUACCCUCCUACAAUGCCUUUAUUAAAGCUAGUCAGAAACCAUCUGAAGCCCCAGACGUGAGAGAACAUACUGCAUUUCUUCUAACCUUAGUUUGCAAGUUCAUUGUCUGUGUAGCUGGAAAAGGACCCACCAAAGAAUAUAUUACUCUAGCCUUAGCUUUAGCUCAUGGCAGCCUUGGCUUUGUUCUUGUCAACAUCCAGACCACGCUCAUGCACCAAGUACCCAAGGAAGUUACCCGCAGACACUCCAAAGGCACACUUUAGUGGGUUCAUUUUCAAGCCAUGUAGACAAUGAACUUGCAAAUUAAGGUUAGCAGAAAUGCAAUAUGUUCUCUCACGUCUGGGGCUUCAGAUGGUUUCUGGCUAGCUUUAAUAAAGGCAUUGUAGGAGG